GGAAAUUCCAGGAAGCGAAUAAAAAAUUGAGAAACAAACCAAGUUGCAAUGUUGCAAUGGAUGGAUGUGUUGUGCGAUAAAUUUUAAAGUGUUAGCUGUUAAAUUUGUCGUGGAGUUGGUAUUUGAAAAAAGAAACUUACAGUAAAAGUGCCAUACAUAUAUAAAUCAGUUGUUUGUCAACAUACUAUACAUCUAUCUUUCGGCUUGCAAAGUAAUGUAACCAUGUCUUCUAGUGGUCAGGAUUUUGAGACAUCUAGUGUAGAUUCUCCGCAGCCCUACGAUUCUCCAUAUAGCUCUCCAUCUCAACAAGUACCGCAAUUGGCGUUUACAUUAACUACUCUUAAAAUGAAUACUGCAAAUCGCCCUUUCCUCCGGAUUGUUGAACAGCCUCAAGAUCAUUUCCGUUUCCGGUACAAGAGCGAAAUGGUGGGAACGCAUGGGUGCUUGCUUGGCAAGUCGAAUCCCACGUCACGUAAUAAAACUCACCCCACAGUUGAGUUGGUGAACUACCCUGGAAGAGCCACAAUCAGGUGUCGCUUGGCACAGGACAAAAACCCUGGGGAGCAUCCUCAUAGGCUGUUGGAGGACGACCAAGACCGUGACGUCAGCUAUGAGGUGCCCGAACAAGGGAGCUACAAAGUCGGGUUUGGCGGCAUGGGCAUUAUACACACCGCCAAGAAAGAGGUGCCAAUGUUGCUAUACAACAAAUAUAAACUUAACAGUCAAAUGUCUCCUAAGGAGCUCCUAGCGCGCUGUGACAGUGAAGCGAAGAAAAUCAACCUGAACAUAGUCCGGCUGCGAUUCAGCGCCCAUGACAUCAACACGGGCGAGGAAAUCUGCGAGCCAGUGUUUUCUGAUCCUAUACACAACAUGAAAAGCGCAUCAACGAAUGACUUGAAGAUAUGCCGCAUCAGUAAAACCAGUGGACGAGCACGCGGCGGCGACGACAUCUUUAUAUUCGUUGAGAAAGUGAAUAAAAAAAAUAUAAAGAUCCGAUUUUUCGAAUUGGAUGCAAACGGAGUGGAGGUGUGGCAAGCAUAUGCUCACUUCCUGGAGAGCGAUGUGCACCACCAAUAUGCAAUAGCUUUCAGCACACCGCAAUACCACGACCCAUACGUACCCAAUAACGUGAAAGUGUACUUCGAACUGCAACGUCCACAAGAUGGCCGCACCAGUGAUCCAAAAGAGUUCACGUAUAUUGCCGACGAAACUAGCAAGAUGCGAAGUAAGAAACGGAGAAUAAAUUCUACGUAUUCCUCGUUAAGUUCCAACAGUAGUUCCCUGAAGAGUGGCGACAUCGUUCCAGCAACGGUUAUGCUUCAGGCUUGUAAUGGUGCCUACGACGGUAUACAAGACGUCGAUAUGACAGCUCUCACUAAUAUACAGUCGAUACCGCAAAUUCCUAUCGGCUCCCACUCGCCUCACAGCGACCUAGGUGACGCUUUGCUUAUCAACAUGGCAGCGACUCCUAGCCCUUCUGAGAGCCACUUGUACGAAAACAACCCAGUACUUACACAAUGCAACCUCAAAGAGACUAAUAACCAAUUCAGCACCGGACUGCCGGAUUUCAACUCCACGGAGCUCAGAAAUCUGUUGGAACACAAUUCGGAUAUGACAGCGGAAGAGAAGAAACAAUUUGCGGAAGCUAAUUGGUCACCUUAUUUAGAAUCGUACACCAGUUUUCCGGACGAGAACAACAGUAUGUUUUAUAUAAGGUCUCUGCUGGUGUCAGAUUCGGGAGUCAAAAAAGGUGGCGUGACAAAGGAUAACAAAACACAUGGCUCACCCCCAGCAAAGAUUAAAGAUGAAGAUGUCAAAUUGAACAUCGUCGAUAAAACGAAAAUUCAAGAAAAGCCAUACUACAAAGCGGAAGACGGUCUAGAAGUUAAAAAGGUAAUGGAGUUGGUUGUCGAAUUGGUGGAGUUGAUGAGGAAAACUCCGCUUGACAAGAAUGUCAUCCGCAACAAAUUGGAGCGGCUCGUGGAGAAGCGGCUGUCUAAUGGAGAUACAUUCCUACACAUGUCCCUCAACAGUAACCGGCCGAGUUUCGAAUACAUCGUCAAAAUGGCGCAUCACCUCGGCAUGACGCAUUUGCUCAACUUGCAAAAUAACCGAUUGCAGAGUAUACUGCACCUCGCGAUCGUCGCCGAAGCGCCGUCUCUUGUCGGCCUCCUCGUCAGCAAAGGUUGCGACCCGAUGUUGGGUGAUGAAGAGGGGAACAACGCGGUGCAUUACGCUGUUAUGUGCCGUGAAGACGCCUCUUGUCUCGACUCGUUGCUCAAAGCCAUUGUCAAGAACAGCGUACACCACGAUUUGAACGCCACCAACAAUGAAAAGCAAACGGCCCUCCACCUGGCGGUUGCAUACAAAUCCGUGUCAAAGACUCGUUUACUUCUGAAGCACGGCGCUCGCACGCAGGUCACCGAUGGCGAGGCCCGCACCCCGCUACACGUCGCCGCUAAAAUGAAUUACGCGCUUAUUGUCAAGGAACUGUUGGAGUUUAUCUCUACGUCUGAAAUAGACGCUGUAGACGGGCGUGGUUACACGGCCCUACAGAUACUGUGUGACGGCAGCGUACAGGAACACACGGUCGAAAUGGUCAGGAUGCUGCUCGAGAAAAAGGCGGAUCCUCGAGCCCACGGCCACCAAUCGGCGUGGCACCUGUCCAAGGACAAGCCCGCGCUCCGCGACGUGCUGCGGCGACACGCGGCCGACGUCGCGGACGACGACGUCAAGUCCGAGCCCGACGACGACAUCAAAUCGGAGCCCGAAGACGAUACGGAUGAUGAGUUCGUCGAAGCGGAGAUGUGCUUGCCAGAACUAUCGUCGUACAUAUCAGAGUUAUCUGCGUGUUUAGACGCCAACGGCGGUUGGCGGCCUUUGGCAACUAGACUCUCCCUGGACACUAUGUGUUCCUGGUAUCAGAACACGCACAGCCCUACAAAGACACUGCUUAACUUCCUAAAGCAAAGCGACAGUGACGUCUCUUCAAAGUGCCUCGCUGUGAUGUUAGAAGCGUUAGGACAACCUGAAGCAGCUGCCAUUAUACGCAAAUAUAUAGAUUAGAGAUAACUAUACCUUGUACAACCAUUUAUUUUAAUUCUGUCAACUGCGGGUGCAGUCACGUUUUACGUAAAUGUAUAACGUUGCGUGAAAAUCAAUUUGGUACCUAAUACGUCGCUAAAAAUAUUCGGAAAUCUUAUCACCACAUUAUUCGAUUAAAAACUCAAUUUAAAAUGUCAAGUGAUUCCUAUAUCUACUUAUUCAUCAAACAUAUGUAGAUGCUAAAAUUUUUUUUUUUGCAAUUAAAGGUGAAUAAUAAAAUAUAAAUACUUUAAAUUUAAAUGUGUGAAUGUUCUUAGUAUGUUAUAUUGAUUGUCGUUAUUACAUAAUAAUACAAUACUAAAUGAGCUAUCAGAAUUAAAAUUAAUGGUUUUACAAUUUUAUAAGUAUGUUAAGAGGGCUGAGUGUUGUGCUAAAAUGUACGUAAGUUUCUCUGAAGGCGUCUGUCACUUGACGCACUUUCUGUUGUUUUCUUAAGAGAUGUUUUAAGUCUCUCAGUUAUAUCUGUUUUAUUUCCAACUUUUAGACUAAGGAAAUCAGAUUAAUCUAGUUUUGUUAUUGGUUUUUUAAACAAAUUAAAAAGAAACUUAUUGAAAAAGUUCUAUACGUAUAGGCGAGUCGUGGUAUAAUAUAGAAUUAUUCUCAUAUCUGGUAUAUGAGCAAAGAUAUUAAAAAAAUGUUAAUCUUAAUUUAACAUUUUACCAAUGUUUGACAUUUGGCAAUUUUGUAUUAAAUUAUUAUUUUUCUUUUUUCACGGAGUUUUAAGUAAAUAGUCUUCUAAGGACAAGUGUAAAUAUAAGAAACUAUAACUAUCAUGAACCUUGACAAUCAGUAUUUCCAAAUUUUGUCUGUUACUUCGGUAUAGCUUUAAAGAAAGAGAAAGUGGGAGGGAAGAGAAAGAGGAAAACAUACGCCUUGUCAACGUUCAUGAAUAAACCCCUGGAUUAUAAUAUUAAAAGUGCCUUCACUUGAAUAAUGAAUGAAUUUCAAAAUAUAUUGUUAGAUUUUAUUUUGAAACUUACCAUUUUAUUAUUGAGUAGACAGAACGUGUAGCUGAUUAUAUAUAUAGCCGAGAUAAAUAGUGAAACUCAUUCACGCGGGAAAUAUGCAUAACAUUUACUUAUUAUGUUUUACCUUUAUUUCUCUACUUUCGUUUUAUGGGUAGCCUUGUUCUAUAUAAUGAUAGGUAUGUCCCGAGCGCACAUCUGUUUUCAUUAUUGAAAAUCUGUAAUUAAUCAAUUUGUAUUUAUUAACACAUAAACUGGGUUACCAAUUUAUUCAUAUCUAUAUUGUAUGUCUUGGGUGAAUAAAAAUGUUCAAACAAUACAUUCUUAAAUACUAUUUUUAAUGAUAUGCAAUACCAAAAUAAUAUAAAAUACCAAAUUAAUUUGUUUCAUUGUUGUUCAAAUAAUAUUAACACUGAACCUGUGAUAUGCAUGUGGCUAUUCACAAAGUUGUAGGAUAAAAAGUGCAUCAAAUUUUCUUUAUUCCCCCAAGUCAUUUAGAUAACUGCCGAAACUUAUAUAAAUAAUACCAAUAAUACUAAGACAGAAUGAAGAAUGCUUGAUUUUUAGUAAAUGUACCUUUUUUUGUACAUUUUGAGAAUUAACUAAAAUCGCUACAUGUUAAUGUUACUAUUCGAUCUUAAAUAUCGGAAAAUAAUCAUUCAUUGACAUUAUUAUCUGAAUCCGCUAGGUGAAUAUAUAUAUCAUAUUAUCAUAUUACUAUUGCAUAAGGUCGUAAAUCCUUUGUACUCUAUCUAUAAAGUUGAC